AGGGCAUCCUUAUCAGGUCGAAAACAAGCGCCGUAUUUCCUUUCAAAAUUCCUUAGACACGAAAUCAGUAAGCAUUGAAUAGAAAUCAUGGCUAGAUCUAACGUCAAGCCCUCUUACGAAGAUUUUGAACCCUAUUGCAAGUGGCGAAUAGAAGAAGGACAGGACACUCUUGAGGUUCAUCUCCAUGGUUUCUUAAAGGAACACUUGAGGGUUCAAGUCAGCAAUGCUGGAAACAUGAUAAUUACCGGGGAACGUCGUGUGGGCGAAAGUAGAUGGACUCGUUUUCGCAAAGAAAUAAAGGUCCCUAAGGAAUGCAGCACUAACGAAGUUCGUGCAAAGUUGUCUACUGGCAUUCUUUACAUAGUCAUGCCUAAGAACAUAACAUUACCUUCCUCUCAAGAUCAAGUUAAUCAAGAAAAUGGACAAUCAAGACCCAAGAUCAAUCAAGAUACCGUUGACAAGGACAGGGCAACCAAAAAUUUGGAUGGUUCUGUAGAAAAUAAUAAGAUGACCACUGAGAACGCUACAUUGAUGCUCACCACUAGGCCAUUAACGAGCUUCAUAAUGCACCUGAAAGAUUCGUUUUUUAGGCUUCAAAUGAGAAAAAAGAUAGGUAUGAAUGUAGCAGUAGCAGUUGCUCUGAUGAUUGCUCUUGUUGUAUUUAUAAUAUACAAACAUCGUCAUGUUGAAAACUAAAUCUUGCUGUACAUAUAAAAGGUCUGCAUGUCCUGUUGACUUAAGAACAAUGAAAAGUAAACUGUUGUUGUACUUUGAAAAAAUAAAGGGUUUCAAUUAACAUCCUGC